ACUCGUGACGUAAGACUCUGCUGUCCUUCCUCUCCCUCAGAAAAGAGAAAUGUCCGCCUCCGUCAGAAGCAUGUCUUUGACAGUCUGCCGAGCUGCAAGAGUUGCUUACAGAGCUUUUAAUCCAGCCACACGUUCAUUGAGUUCUGGAUCUUGCUUAAGAACACAAAACAGCCCUGCUGAAGGAUCAGGGGGCAUCAUUGAAUCCACAGAAGAGUUCAGGUUUGUGGAGAGACUUAUUCCUCCUUCACGCAUCCCAACUCCUCCUAAACAUGAUGGUCCUGCACCGUCAGGAUGGAUCCCACCACCAGAUACACCACCUUCACUGCCCUACAUGAUCCGUCGCUCCAGAAUGCACAAUGUUCCUGUUUACUCUGACAUCAAGCAUGGGAAUCAGCACAGCACUCUGCUCAGAAAGGUUGAGGGAGACAUAUGGGCCCUGGAUAAGGAUGUUAAGGAAUUCCUGCUGGGGCUUACGGGCAAAGAGCCUCCAACACAGGUUAAUGAAAUAACCGGGACUAUACGAAUUAAAGGGCAGUUUGAUAAAGAGCUGAAGGACUGGCUUCUGAAGAAGGGAUUUUAACUGAUCUACUGGAGUCACGGCUAAUGAACUGAACUGCUAUACAGGAAAGGCUGAGUGGAAAUGUAUAGUAAUAUUCUCUCUUCUUUGAACAGGUGGACAAAGUGUAAAUUCUUUCAAUUCAGUCAUUAGUGUACAAUUUCAAUGUUGUGUUUGCCAUUGUAUUAAAGUUUGUGAUUAUAGCAAACAUUCUUUCGUGUUAUCCCUGAUGUUUAGGAUUGAAACAAAUAAAUGUAAGAUAUUCUCACAAAA